GACGGAGAUGGAGAGAAAGCCUUGGCCUCACCACAUUCCACGGUGGUUACAAUGAGUUACAACAUGACAAAAAGAAGGAACCAAAAGGAGAGGAGAAGAACUGGACUGGCGUGAGCAGCAUCUGGGAAUUCCAGGCAAGCAUGAUCGAAGCUACGCAGCAGGGUGGUGAUAUCGUUUCUCGGGAAGUGCCGUACUAUCUCGAAGAUGCAUUGCUCGGUUUGCGAGGGAGCCCGGGAGACUCCAAGACGAGAGAGGGUGGCGCUUCCUCGUCUCAUAGGCUGAUCAGUGAUUCGGAGAAACGAGUUCAGUUGUUGAAGAAGUUCUUGGUCAGCGAGAGCUGUGUGUUGACUGGCUCCUCGCUGUUUUGGCUCGUGCUCAGCGCAAUCUUCCACUGUGUCCCGGCGCAGGUGGUGGAAGUAUCCAGGGUGUUGACAGGGAAGUCGUGGCAUUCCCUCCAGCUGGAGGUCAGCGAAAGCUUGAAACACGACCUUCCAGCCAGACAGUGGAUCAUGUCCACUAUGCCCUUUGUCUUUGCACAGGUGAUCUUCCGCAUGUACUUCGAUGGCUUCCCCGAGGAUCGGAACAUGGUUCUCAGUCACUCCAACAACUUCAUCAACAAUAUCAUGCUUGUGAUCCAUUUUGAGAUGGUGGGCUUUGCGAUCAACCUUGACACAGCCCGGAAACUACGAGAAACACUUUUCCUACGCAGGGUUCUGGACAGCCCCCAUGUGAAUCAAGCUGACUACUUGGCUGGACAACGAAGGCAAGCUGAGCUGGAGCAGCAGAACUCUCACACGCGACCACUGAAGUUUGGCAAGUUGGAUGCCCCUUGCCCUGACGAAAUCCAGCUGGAGCACGUAUUGCAAGCUCGAGAAGAUGAACGCUCAGGCAAGAACGACUGGAUGACCGCCACAGCAUCCCUGGCCGCCCUGGCUGUCAAGAAAGAUCGGGUUCCCGCAGACCUCAGAACCUUGGUAGACAAUAGUUGGACGGUUGAACGUGAGAUGCACACUUUGGAGAAGAUAAGUUAUCUUACCCUGAAUACGCAGGGUAUGGCAAUGCUUGAUCGACAUUUCUCGGAGAUGGCUCGCAUCAGUGGUGAUGAUUGUGCGGAAGCGGAUCCCGAGGCAGUGGCUGAGCUGGACAUGGAUCUGAUAGACACCGCGCCAGGCUGGGACAGUCCCAAGGCACUUGCCAGAGGAAACUCCUCAAACUUGAACUUUGACUUCGAGGAUGAAUUUGAAGAUGCGGUUCCACUCUCGCCAAUCACGCCUACUGGUACUAUGAGGAGUGGGGAUGAGGAUGCAAUGUCGAUGUCUUUUUCCGAAGGAAAGAAAGCCGUUCGGAUGCGCCGGGCACGUAUGGCUGGGCAUUUGACUCUUAUGCAGAAGAGGGCCAAUGAGAAAAGGGAAGAAGAAGCAAAGAUGAAGCGGCAAAGGCAGCAGCUUCUUGAGCAGAAACUAAAAACGGAGGCUCUGCCAGACCGAUUCUGCGUAACCGAACUGAACACGACCUGGGUGUCACCUGGCAUGCUGAGUUUGCACGCGGGAGCUGAAGACAGAGAUGUGAUGCGCAUGGCACGAACCUCUGCUUUCGCCCUGAAGAUGGCGCCCAAGAAUCCUCGCCUGGUUGGCCCCAUCUCUUUGAGGCAUCGGCGAGGAGUUUCCAAAGAGGAUCAAGGAACCCUACCAGGGCAAGGAGACCCUCUGGAGCGUGGCAGUUCCAAUCCUCGAAGCCCUUUGGCAAGGGGAGGGGAGACGCUGACGUUGGAGCCACCGUGGAACCUAAGCAACAAGGUUGUUUACAACCGCGUGGAAGUGGCAACCAAAGCCAGUCAGAGCCACUCCUUCGCAAUGUACACCAAAGAGUACGAUGUCUUCACGGGUGACCUGAAGCAACGCUUUGAUGAAACGCGGCUCCGAAAUGAAGAGGACGCCUAUUUGAAGAGGAUGAGAUCAAUGGUUGGAGGCAGCAAAAUGAAAAAGCUCUUAUACCCAGGAGGUGACCUGGGACGCCGUUCCAAAUCCUCUCCAGGGCUCCAUGGGCUUCGAUCCGGCUGA